GCUGCAGAACUUUUUGAGGAUCUGGGGACCCAUACCAAAUCUUUUCAGUCUCCUGAACUGUCUUGGUGUGUUUGGCAGUGGGCGCGGAAUGUAGCAUGUAAUAACAGCGGUCUGCAGGUAGAUCCUUUUUUUUUGUGAACAAAAUGUGCAAUUCACACUCUGACCUGUGAAAGGCAGCAAUACGCAACAAAGCGUCUAUUAUAACGGAAGACCACACGAAGAAGAAGAAGAGCUCAUAAACAGGAGCCAUUUUAACAUCUUUCUCAGACGGCGCCAAACUACACAGAGAUAAUCCAAGAUGUCUGACGAAGGGAAGCUUUUUGUUGGAGGACUGUGUUUUGACACCGAUGAAACUUCACUGGAAGAGGCGUUUUCAAAAUAUGGAAACAUUGCUAAAGUCGACGUUGUCAGAGACCGAGAGACACAGAGAUCCAGGGGUUUUGGCUUUGUGACUUUUGAAAACCCAGAAGAUGCCAAAGACGCAAUGGCUGCAAUGAAUGGCAAGUCGGUCGAUGGCAGGAUGAUUCGUGUGGAUGAAGCUGGCAAGUCAGGAGGAAGAUCUGACCGCGGGGGCGGCUUCAGGGGCGGUUCUGGCGGCUUCAGGGGCGGUUCUGGUGGCUUCAGAGGAGGCAGAGGAAGAGGUGGUGGAGGUUAUGGUGGGGGAGAAAGAAGCUAUGGCGGGGACCGCAGCUAUGGCGGGGACCGCAGCUAUGGCGGGGACCGCAGCUAUGGGGGCGGCGGGGACCGUAGCUAUGGCGGUGGCUACAGGAGUGGUGGUGGAGGAGGAUACUCCUCUGGGGGUGGCAGCGGCGGUUACAGAGAGGCCAGGAGUGGAGGAGAAGGUGGUUAUGGUGGCCGCUCUGGGGGAUCCUACCGAGACAGCUAUGACAGCUAUGGUAAGUAUAAUGAUGUAGCCUAGUUGUUGAUCUCACUGUUAGUACGAACUAGAAAUGUUUAGGAGGAACUGGACAUGAUUGCAUAGACUCCCAGAACGACCCCUGUAAGACUUUGUUGCUCAGAAACCGAAAGCUUGUGCCCUCUUCAAUUAGUAUGUUAAAAUACUCACGUCUGCUCAAAGAAUCAAACAUUUCUUUGAAACGAUGGAUAUCCAGCCCUCUACCACCCUAUCCAAAAGCAGAAAGACAUUCCUAGAUUUUUUCACUCAGUUUCCUUUUGAAGAGGCAUAGGUUCUUUCAAUGCCCUUGUCCUGGUGCUUUCCUGUUGCAAUGAUAACUGUGGCACAAAAUAUAAAUAGGCUCUAGUCUACUGUGAGAAAUGUCAGAAUGCUGCAGUGCCUUUACACUUGUGCCUACUUCUUGUCCUCAGCUACACACGAGUAAAAACAAAAACAAACUUCCUGAUUGCAAGAUCGUCCCAUCGCUGGCUGUUUUUUUAAAGAUGCGCUCUUCGAAGACUUUUUUUUUUCUGUUUGUGGUAUCUGGUUCUAGUGUUUUCUUUAACAAAUCAGCAUCUUUAGUCCUUUUUUAUCGUGUUGAAAGUACUCUUCAGGAUCUCUGUCCUCAUGGCAGUAACUGAAAUCCUGUAGCAUUUAAUUACUGUAAGCCUUGAUGCUCAGUAAGGGUCUGAGUACCUUAAGCUCAAUAUGCCCUCCUGUUGCAGGGAGAAUGCACUGGGAGAAUCAAAUUUGAUAAUUUUAUAAAAAUGCCUUUGUUUGCAAUUAAACCUGUUUCUACUGUUGAAUCGUAACCUGUUCAACACAGCCUGAUAGCUUCUAAGACAAAUUCAAUGUUCCUGCUCAAUCGAAAGACUCAAAUAUCAGUAGCGACAUGUUUCCAUUUAAUCUCAUUUUUAACUGGAGUUGUAGUGAAUUCUGGUCUUUAAAAAAUGAAAUCUAUGAAAUUUACACUAGAAGCUGGAAAAGCUGUGAUUGUGCUCUAAAGACAUUUUGCUCCUUCAGUUCUGUAAUGCAUUCCUUUAGUGUAGCAAGGAUGGAAUGCUAAGUGGGAGCACUGGUUUCCAGCUGACCACCUUGAUAUUGCUAAAGAUUUGUCAAUACUCGGUAUCCAAAGAGUGAAUUACUUUGACUGGUGAACCUACUUCAGCUCAUUGGGCUGUAUACUAGGUGUUAGUUGCAGCCUUCUGCAGUUGGCCUAAGGUACUUUGCUCUUUGCAAACAUGUGCAUAAUAUGCUGAUGGACUGAACGUUCACUCUCAAUGUUACUUCAAGGAUAUGUGCUCUCUGUUCUGUUAACCAACACCUAAGAUUUUUUUGUAUAUCCUGGCUUCAUGAAGCCUAUUAAACAACCCCGUUGAAAA